UAAUACUUGGACCGGUCGAUAAAUCAGUAAUUUUACGUUUGUAUUUUAUCGAUUGGGUAAAUACAAUUAAAUUAAAGUUAGCACAAACUACACUUAAUUCAAAAGGAAUAGCUGAUAGUAUGCAGAGUUUAGUUUAUUAAGAUUUGUGAUCAAACUACGUUGUAGUGGCAUUUACAUUAAUUUAAAAAAAUAAUGAAUGUAAGAAACUUAAGACAAAGCAGGAAGCAUAAGAAUUACGUAAGUGCUCUAGUAGCUGUGAACAAAACCAGUGAUGCGUUAGAAAGUGUAACUGAAGAUGGUCUACGAACUGUUCAUAAUCAAAUUCAACAGAAUUUAGGACAUCAUCAUUUUCCUCAGUGUGUUCAACAAUGUAGUAGAAUCUUCAGAGACUUAAAUAGGUGGUGCGGCACAUGUACCAGCUGGCGUAUUGAAUUAGACGCUUAUAUGACACAGGGUGCGCGACAGAAUAGAAUACGUUGGACUGACAUGAAAUCUUGGACUUGGCCAGUAGAUGAAAGAAAUAUCGCCGAAGUAUUCAUUCUUCCGGGAUGGAACACAAACAAUAUCAAUUUGAAAGAUCUAUCGACAACUUUAGCAGUAUGGAAAAGGUGCUCCGUCUUUCAAAGACACGUUGUUCAAGCUGCCGAGCCCCUGAAAAAGAAUCGCAAUCAACUAGUACACGAAUACAAUGCAUCAAUGAAAAUAACAAAUGCAAAGAAAAUUGAAAUAUUUCAAAACAUAAGAAAUCUCAUCACACACCCAGACAUUCAACCUCUUAUACCAAACCAUAAUGAUCUUAUACGUAUGAUUGGUGAGCUUGAGCAAGGGGAUUUAUUCAAAUACGAAGACGAUAUUAUGAAUGCCCUGAGGAAUAUUGGGAUGCAGAAUGAAGAUAUUCAAGCGAGGUUGGAUAGGCAUGCUCUUGGACUUCAGGAAGUUCAUACAAAACUGGACCAUCUUGGUCGUACAAUUCAACACGUGUUCUUUAGACAAAACGUUUUAACUGUUGCGUUCCUGUUUUGUCUUACUGUGGUGAUAUUUUCCGGACUUUCCUAUCAUCUGAAUUCUCAAAAGUGCGAAUUGCUGGAAAACCUUGAUAUAAGAAGAAACGAACAUAAAUUUGGUUUCCCGGAAAUUAACUAUACAUUGAAGUCAACAGAAGGUUGUCUCGCUGAAAACUUUAGUUCUGUCGAUCACGGGAGAGUUUAUCUAUUUGAAUAUAUUUCACACCAUAAUAAUUUUACUGGAAGAACAUGGCUAUUUAAGAUAAUUGAAGACGAGCUAUUAUUUAAGUCAGGUGAACAUCAUGGUCUGAUCUUAGAAGCUGGCAUGGGUUAUGGUAAGUCUGCUGUUAUGAAACAAAUUAUAUGUUCAUCAACGAACAAUACAGCCAACAGAAUAAGGAGUCGCCUUAUGGCUUUUCACAUUUGCCGUUUUGAUGUUACUGUAUCAAAACAAUCAUAUAUAUUUAUUUUUCGUUUAAUGGCAAUGUUUUCUGCUCAAAUGCCAGAUGUAGGUAUGACUGUGAGGAAAUGUCUGGAGGUAUUUGAUAGAGGACUAUGUGAAAUGGAUCCAAAUGGAUGUCUUGAUCAGUGUAUAAUAAUCCCAUUGAAAAACGAGACAUAUUCCAAAUACAAACCGGUUAUAAUACUUAUCGAUGGACUGGAUGAGUGUUACAAUUUAUACCGUGCCAAAAAUGAAAUAUUCUUACUUUUAAAGAACAGGAUUCAUCGGUUUCCUGUUUGGGUACGAUUUUUGAUAUCAAGCCGAAGAGGAUCUGAGGUAAGACAGCUUGCUAGGUACUUGAGGGUCAUUACCUUAGACGACGAUGAUUUUAAUAAUAUACAGGACAUCCAACUGUAUUUGCAAAAGUCAAAUAUCAAUACUUCUGAUAUAAAGUAUACAGAAUUAGCGAAAUCUAAUUUGUCAAAUUUCUUAAUAGCAUCUAGUUUGAAUAACAAUUUUAACUUCGAAAAUGGGAACAUCAUUCCACUAGUUCUUGAUCAAUAUUACGACGAGCAAUUUAGAAGACAGUUUGAAGCCACAUCAGAAAUGGGAUUUGAAGAUGCAAAAGUUUUACUAGAAGUUAUAUGUUCAUCGUUUCAAACCUUAACAGAAGAAAGACUGUGGAACAUAAUAUUUACCAUAACGCACAUCUCAAAAAAAGUAUAUCAGCAAACAUUAAAACGACUAGAACCUUUCAUGCAUCAUACUGAGAGUAAACUAUAUUUCAAACACUUUUCGCUACAACAUUGGCUGCUGAAUAAUACCAACGAAGAUUUUCAUAUUGAUAGAGCUAAUGGGCACAUAAUAAAUGCAUUAUAUAUUUUCAAAGAUAUAGAUAAUGCAAAUUAUAAUAUAGAUGUAGUUGACCUGGCAAUCCAUGUGAGCUAUGCUAAAGAUGAAAAUUUAGUUCAAAGGUUUCUAAAUCUUUCAGAAACACAGAGGGAUGAAUUACAGGAAUAUAAUCCUGUGUAUCCGUUGAUACGUUUAGCUCGCAGGGUAGAUGACUUCUUAAGCACAGAUAUGCUUGCAUCUCAUUUUAAGGACAUUGAACGAUUAGAUCAUAAUAACUUCCCGGCUCUCUUUAUAGCGGCAUAUAUGGGUCAUUUACAUACGUUUGAAGCACUUGUUAAACGAGGCGCAAAUAUCACUUUUCGGACUAAAUCAUUUCAUAGCAUUAUUGACUUUGAAAGCGCAUUUUUAGUUUCAUUUGAACAUAAAUUCUGGGGGUAUGGCAUUUUAGACAUUGCAGCGCAAAACGGACACGCCCAUUUGGUUAAUUAUAUAAUUAAACAAAAUGGAAACAUGUUUCAAUACCCUGUGCAAAAAAUGAAUGCAGCAAAUCUCUUACCGAUUCAUUUAGCUUGUAAGAGAGGACAUAUAAAUGUUGUUAAACUUUUACAUCAAAAAUAUCCCUACAUGCUUGACUGGCUUUGCUUGUAUUAUGCGUCAGAAAUCGGCAAUAAAGAAUUUGUAGAAUUCAUACUUAAUAAAAAUUUGACUGAUCGAUGUAGCAGAUGUGAAAGUUCCAUUCACUGGAUUCCAGAUAAAAAGUUACGCGUGCAAGGACAAAUUGUUAGUCAUGAAACCGACCCAUAUGAAUAUGUUUUAUUCGACGACUGGAAUAAAAUAGCAUGUGAAUCGGCACUACAUGUAGCUGUUCGUAAACACAGGUUAGACGUUGUAAAAAUAUUAAUAAAGCAGCCCAAAAAUGCCGUCAACUGUUUCGAUAGAGGAGGUAGAACUCCCCUUAUUGUCGCUAUACAAUAUGGAUACCGAGACUUCGUAGAAUAUUUUGCAAGUGUCGGACUUUUAAAAGGAAACGAGACGUGUGGAGAUGUUCCUCUAAUAAGCAAUACAUUUAACCUUCACGAAAAUGAAGUAGAAAAGCUUAAAAUUCAUUCAUGUGAACCCUUCAUGCCAAUAUAUCAUGUUGCUGCAAAAUUUAACCGGUUGUGGCUUGAUGAAGUAUUUAAACUACAUAACAUAAAAGCGGACUGGUACUCGCGAGACAAUAAUGGCUGUUAUCCACUUCAUACAGCUGCAUGUCAUGACAAUACUGAAUUUCUUUUAUUUCUAGUGGAAAAAUUAGAAAAAGAUAUUGCCAACUAUAAAUGUCAUAAUGGGUCCACAUCGUUGCAUUCAGCCGUUGCCUGUGCUUCUGUAUCUGCUACUGAAAUAGUGUUGUUGAAAUAUAGUAAUUAUGCAACAGAGCCAAGGGAUGUCAAAAUGUCAUAUCUAAAGCAUGCUCUAGGACGAAACGCUAAAUGUAUGUUGGCUAAGGAAAUAGAAACCCUUGAGAGAGAUAUUGCAAUAAUUGUAUCAAUGCUGUUGCUGGUGGAAUCUGAUUUAUAUAUAUCAGGCAAUUUAAACAGGAAUGUUUUACAUUUUUCUAUUUCUAAUGGGCAUUUCGGUACAGUUAAUUAUCUCUAUUCAAGGUAUUCAGAUUCUGCAAUGUCUCUGCUCCAUGAAACGGAUGAAAAUGGAAGAGAUCCUCUGACAUAUGCAAUUGACAAUGCCAAAGUUAUAUUAGACUUUCAUUUACCAUCUUCAAUAUUUGAAAACUAUAAUGUAUUUGAUGAGCCCUUAAGUCUUAUGGGACCAGAAGAAUAUGCUAUACUCUUGACAUUAAACUUUCUCAAAUCGGAAAUUUCUUAUCAAACAUUUUUGGAAAGACUUGUACAGAAACAGUUUUUACAUCUAGUCAUAUAUUUCUUGAAACUAUCGAAGCAACCUUUUGAAGAUACUUCAACCUUAUCAGCAAUUCUAAAGAAUGAUCGGUCUGGAAUUAUAACUCUUGUUUAUUAUAUGAUAUCUACGAACCAGUUUAGUACCUUAGCGAUGUCGGGAACGAGAUUGGAUAUUUCAAGAAUGCCAUUUGCAUGUUCAACAUGCGCAGAAAUUUUAAUCAGGUGCCACACGCAUGAAAUAGCACUUGAAUACCUAAAGAUUGCACAUAUAUUAUCGACUCUGAAUUUUGACAUAAUCAAUAGCAUUAUUCUGAAUAUUUUCUUUCACAAAAGUUCAGCAAAAAUAUUAAGCAACUGUUACGAUGAAUCUGGCUACAACGUGCUCGAACGUGCAAUACAAGGUGGCAGUCCUCAAUUAGUUUUACAUCUGCUAGAUUUUGGUGUCAGCAGCGAACUCCGAAAAGACGUUUUAUUGCAUAUGACACUCAACACAUUACAAUACAAGAAAAGUGGAUAUGAUUUUAUCCAUGUUUCGAAGACAUUAGACGAUUUUCUAAGAAUAUCUUUUGUAAAACAUGAACACGUUUUAAAAGAAUUCAAUCUAUUCAGCCGAAAGAGUCAAUAUUCUAACCGAACAAUGUUCAAUGAUAUAUUCCUUUUGAAAUACAAGGCUUCUGACUUUGAAUUAAUUACAUACAGCAAGAAUUUUACAGACUGGUUGUUGUCUAUAUUGAUUCGUAAAUAUCAUUCUAAUGUAAGUAUAAAACAGAUCUGUUGCCCUAAGACAAAACGAUUUUCUUUUAUCCAUAGACUUCUAUUUGAGGGUUUACUCAAAAGCACUAAGCUCGCUGUGAAGUACUGGGGACCGCAAAUCCUUGAAUGUCGAAAUGCUGAUGACUUCACACCACUAUACCUCUACAAAAUUUUCCAUAAAACAGAAGCGCAUUUCAUUCCAAAAUAUAAAAUUACGAUUAUUCAUCCAAAGAAGCAACCGGAGUUAUACCUCUUAUUUCAUUUACAGUUUCGUUUUUUCUUUUCGAAACUUAAAGUAAAGCAUUUUGACUGUCUGCUGAAAAAUUAUCACACCUUUCCAAUACAUAUUUACAGUCUUAGCAAAACAUAUACUUGUAUUAGAAAGAUUAAUCGUAUGACAAAGAGUAAAACAGUUAAAAUACUUACCAACAAAAUCAAAUGGACUUUGUCCUUUAUAACCGAGAUUGACACAUGGGGAAAAUCUGUAAUGCUGUUUAUGAAAAUGCAUGGACUAUACGUUCAUAAUACCCGUUUGUGUGAAUUAAGAUGGAUACUUGACGGAAUUCCAUUAUAUGAAUCGUGGAAAAAUGAUCAAAAUAAAUAUACAGAUCCGAAUUAUGCACAUUUUACGCGGAAUAUUGGUUUGGUGAAUCGAAUGUGCGGCUUCUUACGAAAAUCCUACAAGAAGCUCAUUUUAUUUUUUAAGGAAAAUGUUAAAGAUGGCGGUGAUGAGUAUCAGAAUUUUGCAGAAAUUCUUAGAAACUUUGAUAGAUAUGAAUGGAAUGUAUAUAAUUGCACAGAAAUACAUAUAGAAUGGACUCGUUACAUUAAACCCGACGUGAAGAUUUUUGUCGAUAUAGCUUCAAGGCACACAUUAAUUUCGUUAAAGCAUGAGCUAAUAGGGAUGGCCCUAAAUCAGUCAAUUUUUUUACCAUUUGCCACGAAACGUUUAGAAUUUAGAAAGAUGCUUUUAAAUAUACAUUUAAGGAUGCAUCUGUUCAAACAUUACAGUUAUAUGGAGGAAUUGUAUAAUUCACAAAUCUUUAGAGAAUCAUAUAUGUACAAAAGUCAAAAUCUGAUUACAUUUUCGAAUCAUGUUUCACAUAUAUCGCAACGUAUUAAGUUUUUACAAUGGCAACAAAACGCAAAAGAAAUAUUUGACGAGUUCCUUGAAAGAAAAGACACUAAUCCUUAAAAGUGAUUUAGUUUAAACAAUAUUUAUUUAUUUAAAGCAACAUACACAUUACAUGUACAACAAUUUUUUACACGUCAAAAACAUGGAUUGGACAACAAGCUGAAGCUUAUGUAAAUUCCUUUCCAAAAGUGAUUUAGACUUAUUGAUUAUAAAGAAACAUCUUUUUAUUUCAAUGAAUUACAGUCAUAAAAUCAAAAUACGGGUUUAUAAUUGCCUGAUAACUGUUAGAGAUCAUUGUACUGUUUUAAAACAUUUCUUUUAUAUUAGCCUCGAAAACUCGGCUGUAUAUUACACUACCGUAUUCACAUUAAUAUUGUGUGAAGUUAUGAUGUACAUCCGGGGUAAAUUAUGCGAUAUAAAAUUGAUCGCGGAUUUUUUAUUAAAUCACACAAUAAUUAAAUACGUGGAAUAAGACGCAAAAGUGUUCAAUAUUCAAAACGUUUGUUUCGAAUGAACAAUAUACCUUGUAGUUUAACCCAUGGCGCUGUCCUUCGUUACAACAUUACGUAUGACGCACACUGAAUAAAAUAAAUUUUAAAUUUUGAAAUGCCAUCAAAUCAAACAGAUGUCCUCUUAUUAUAACAAAGUAACAGUAUGAUUGUUUUGUAGAAGGUGUGGAAAAUUUAGACCUCCCAAUGAUUUUUUUUUCACACCAACACUACAAAAGAUGAAAACGAGAAAUCAUAAUAUGUACAAUUUGCCACAAAUUUAAAUAGAUAGCUUAUACAUAUGACUGUAACGUCUCAGGGUUAUAUUCACAUGAUUCCUAUAAACAACAAAAAUCUUAUCAUGACUUUGUACGCUUUUGAAAUGAUAUACUAUUCUUAAUUUGUAACAGUUGUACAUGUUUCAUAAUAUAGUACGUCUUACUGAAAGUUUAAGAUUUGAAACAGAUUUGUAAAAUACAAUAUUUUAUGCUUGAGUUAUUGUUAAAUAUUUGUUUUUGUGUAUCCAUGUUGGUUUUAGGUAGAAAAAACGUAAAACACUCAGAAAGAAAACUCUCGAAAAGUUAAAAGUUGUCUGACUUUUAAACAAAAUAUCACUUUGUGCAUUUGGCUUAUUUUAUACGAUUUCGACUAAGAAUAGACUAAUUGUUGCAGUCUUAGUCUUGUAUAAAUGUGUUAUUAAAUGAAAUUAUAUUUACAUAAAAAAUGUUGAUCAAGCAUUGAACAGGUUAAAUGUUAUUACUCUAAUGAGUUUCAAUUUGAUUUUGUUAUAGAUAAAUCCUUACACACAUUUGUUUGAUUAUAAAUAUGUAUGAGCUGAACCAUUUUGUGUUUUUGUUGUUUUAUUUCAUCUUUGACAGUUCAUAAAUGUAGACCCGUUAUCUAGAUUAAACCACACCGCCA